CAGUACUAUCUGAUUAUUUGGAAGCCCAUCAUCAUGGUUUGGAGGAUGGAAUUGUGUUAGGGGACAGUGCCUAUCCAUGCAGGAAGUUUCUCAUGACACCUUACCUGCAUCCUGGAUCCCCACAGCAACAGAUGUUCAAUGACGCACAUGCAAAGACAAGAAAUGUUAUCGAAAGAGCAUUCGGUGUACUGAAGCGGAGGUUUCAUGUCCUUCAUGGAGAGGUACGAAUGAAGCCGGGCAAGGUAACAAAAAUAAUUCUGGCAUGUGUAGUAUUGCACAAUCUCGCUAAGGCAUGGGGUGAGAGGGAGGCAUUCCCAGAGGAAGAAGACCCUCAACCUCCACCACUUGUCCAGCUUGAGGGUAACCCUGACGGGCAGGCUAUCAGGGAUGCAAUAACUGCAAACUAUUUCAGAUGAAGACGGA